AUGGAGUCGUUGAUGGAGCUCUGUGAUCUAAUCGCUCAAAACCCGGUUCAAUUUCCCGAUAAAAUCACGUGGAUUUGCAGCCGCUGCCCGCCGGCGGAGUCGCUGCUGGUUGGAUCGCCCGUGGUGUCGAGAUCGCAGCUCCACGCUGUACUCGCGGUGGCGCGCUUCCUCUCGAAGUGCCCGAGUUCCGAUCAGGAGGCCCCCAAAUCGCUGAUCCUCGCGUUCUACCGGUCGAUUCCUUCAUCCUUCGACGUCAAAUUCUGGCCGCAGGCGUUUCCGGUGGAGGCGAUUUCUUCUUUCUUCAACGAUUUCCUCAGUUACAUCUCGAAAGCGGCCGAGCUGUCGCCGGAGUUUGCUACGGAUGUAGCGGGCUUCACCGGGGAAGUUGUGAUGCAGACAAUAAGCAAUGCCGGGUCUGGCGUUUCUAGGGUUUUUUUGAACGCUUUGUGCUCGAAUUUCCCUCCAAUUCUGCCUCCCGAUGCGAACAAGUUGAUUACCAUUCUUCUGGAUCGGUAUGAUGUCGUGGUACCAUGCUUGCCGAGGGAGUUAAUCUCGCCCACGCCCGAUGCAGCUUCCUCUCAGAGCUCUCCCUUGAGUGCGAACCACUUUCAGUCUCCUAGUGCUGAGGCCAGCAUCGUCUCAGUUGACUCCAGCAGCCCAGCUUCAAAGGACGAUGCAUCGUCAUCAAGGGGGGUUGUGGUGAAUGGUGGCAGUAGCGUUGCAUGGAAAAGCAGCGGGGAGUUUUUUGGUGUUGGCCUUGCUCUCAAUGAUGGUGAGGGUGGUGUUGGGGGCGGUAGCUCGGCCUAUAAGAAAAUAGUGACAUUAUUUGAGGAAGAGCCCAUUGAGAGUCUUGAGAGACAAGAAAUUGUUUUUAAACUAAUAGCUCAUAUAUUCAGUAAGGUGGUUAUCGAUCAACAGCUCACGGAUCAGGUGAGAGGAAUAGCGAAAGAUCAACUCCAUUCGAUGCUUGCUUUCUUAAAGAUAAGGAAGCGCGAAUGGUCAGAGCAAGGACAGCUGCUGAAAGUUAGGAUCAACAAAAAAUUGUCUGUUUACCAAGCUGCUGCUAGGAUGCAAAUCAAGACCCUGGCAUCUCUUGACGCGGAGGGAAAGUCAUCAAAGAGAUUGUUGCAUGAAGCUCUCGCAUUGUUGAUAGAGGCUGCCGAGGCAUGCUUGUUCUGUGUGUGGCGCAAAUUGAGAGCUUGUGAGGAGCUAUUUGGCUGUUUGCUUUCUGGAAUUUCACAAGCUGCUGUCACUCGUGGCGGCCAGCUCCUCAGAGUUCUGCUCAUUCGUUUUAAACCCCUUGUGCUGGCUACUUGUGCUCAGGCGGACACUUCUUCCAGCAGCCUGGGUUCCAUGUUCGAAAGUAUCUUGAAAACAUGCUGUGAGAUAAUUGAUUUUGGAUGGGCUAAGGACCGGUCUCCUGUAGACACAUUUAUCAUGGGACUCGCCACUAGUAUUCGAGAAAGAAAUGAUUAUGAGGAAGAGGAAGGGAAAGAGAAACCCGCAGCUCCACCUGUUCAGUUGAAUGUAAUACAUUUGUUAGCUGAGUUGAACAUUUUUCUUAAGAAGCCUGAAGUUGUUGAUAUGAUAUUACCACUAUUUAUUGAGAGUUUGGAAGAGGGUGAUGCUUCAACCCCAUGCUUAUUGAGGCUCCGACUUCUUGAUGCUGUUUCUCGCAUGGCGAGUUUAGGUUUUGAGAAGUCUUACCGUGAAGCUGUAGUUUUGAUGACUCGUAGCUACUUGGGUAAGCUCUCUACGGUUGGCUCGGCUGAAAGUAAAACCCAAGUACCUGAAGCAACAACUGAACGCAUUGAGACCUUGCCUGCAGGAUUUGUAUUGAUUGCAAGAGGUAUUACCUGUAAUAAAUUGCGUUCAGAUUACCGUCACCGCUUGUUGUCCCUGUGCUCAGAUGUGGGCUUGGCUGCAGAAUCAAAAAGUGGAAGGAGUGGGGCAGAUUUUCUUGGACCUCUUUUACCUGCUGUGGCUGAAAUUUGUUCAGACUUUGAGCCUGGCGUAAAUGUGGAACCUUCACUCUUGAAGCUAUUCCGGAACUUGUGGUUCUAUAUUGCUCUCUUUGGGUUAGGACCUCCAAUACAGAAAACUCAGACUACGACAAAGUCAGUUUCAACUGCCCUCAAUAGUGCUGGCAGCAUGGGUACUAUUGCUCUUCAAGCUGUAGGCGGACCAUACAUGUGGAAUUCAUUAUGGUCAUCUGCUGUUCAGCGAAUUUCUCAAGGGACCCCACCUCUUGUCGUGAGCUCUGUCAAAUGGCUUGAAGAUGAGUUGGAGCUUAAUGCUCUUCACAACCCAGGUAGUCGGCGUGGGAGUGGAAAUGAGAAAGCCGCUGUGACUCAAAGAACUGCUCUCUCUGCUGCUCUGGGAGGGCGAGUGGAGGUUUCUGCAAUGAGUACAAUUUCAGGGGUGAAAGCAACCUAUCUUUUAGCUGUAGCAUUUUUGGAGAUAAUACGAUUUAGCAGCAAUGGUGGUAUUCUUAAUGGAGGCCCAGAAUUAAGUGCUUCUCGGAGUGCUUUCAGCUGUGUUUUCGAAUACCUAAGAAGUCCUAAUCUCAUGCCAGCUGUCUCCCAGUGUUUGACUGCCAUAGUCCAUCAAUCAUUUGAAACUGCAACAUCCUGGCUGGAGGAUCGGGCAUCUGAUACCGGGCCAGAGGCUGUUGUUAGAGAGUCUACUCUCUCUAUACAUGCCUGUUUCCUCAUAAAAAACUUGUCCCAGAGGGACGAGCAUGUACGAGAUAUAUCUGUUAGUUUGCUGACUCAAUUUAGAGAUAAAUUUCCUCAGAUAUUAUGGAAUUCUUCAUGUCUGGAUUCUCUGCUACUCUCAAUGCAUAAUGAUCCACCCUCUGCUGUAGUUAGUGAUCCUGCUUAUAUUGCUAAUGUCCGCUCUUUGUAUCAGAAGAUUGUUCGGGAGUGGAUAGUUGUUUCACUCUCACAUGCUCCAUGUACUAGUCAGGGCCUUCUUCAGGAAAACCUCUGCAAAGCUAAUACAUGGCAGCGAACACAGCCUACAGCCGAUGUGGUUUCUCUUUUGUCUGAGAUAAGGAUUGGUACAGGUAAAAAUGAUUGUUGGACUGGUACUAAAACUGCAAAUAUCCCUGCAGUCAUGGCUGCUGCUGCUGCAGCGUCGGGUGGAAACUUGAAAUUGACCGAUGCAUUCAAUUUGGAGGUUCUUGGUACUGGAAUGGUCAGUGCUACUGCAAAGUGUAAUCAUGCUGGAGAAAUUGCGGGCAUGAGAAGGUUAUAUGAGAGCAUUGGUGGCCUUGGUCAAUCUACUGAUGUUCUCAAUCUUGACCUUCCAGCUUUGGGGGCUUCUCCCAAAUCACAACCCAAGAAUGAAUCCUUCAAUGAGAUAUUGAUUUCCAAGUUCGUAAAGCUGCUUCAGAAGUUUGUUAAUACUGCAGAGAAAGGAGAGGAUGUAGACAAAUCAUCUUUUCGUGAAAUUUGUUCUCAAGCUACUGCAUUGCUUCUUUCUAAUCUGGAUUCAGAUUUAAAAUCGAACUCUGAAAGCUUUUCACAACUUCUACGUCUUCUUUGCUGGUGUCCAGCUUAUAUAUCCACAUCUGACGCUGUUGAGACCGGUGUGUAUAUCUGGACGUGGUUGGUUUCUGCUGCUCCUCAAUUGGGAUCUCUUGUCCUUGCUGAGCUAGUAGAUGCAUGGUUAUGGACAAUAGACACAAAGCGAGGCCUUUUUGCAUCUGAUGUAAGAUGCUCCGGACCAUCUGCAAAGCUGAGGCCCCAUCUUGCUCCUGGAGAGCCUGAGCCGCAACCCGAUAAGGAUCCUGUUGAACAAAUAAUGGCUCAUAGACUAUGGAUUGGAUUUUUUGUUGAUAGAUUUGAAGUCGUUCGGCACGAUAGUGUUGAACAGCUUUUGCUCCUUGGUCGAAUGUUGCAAGGAACAACAAAACUCCCCUGGAAUUUUUCGAGGCACCCGGCUGCUACCGGAACUUUCUUCACCCUUAUGCUUUUUGGCCUGAAAUUUUGCUCAUGUCAAACACAGGGUAACCUUAAGAACUUCAGAUCAGGGCUUCAGUUGCUAGAAGAUAGAAUAUACAGGGCAUCCUUAGGAUGGUUUGCUCAUGAACCGGAGUGGUUUGAUCUUAAUAACAAUAAUUUUGCUCAAAGUGAAGCUCAAUCGGUUUCAUUAUUUGUCCAACACCUUUUAAAUGAGCGUGUAGAGACAGCACAGAUUGAUCAGAAAGCACGAGGGACUGAAAAUGGUGGCUCUUUACUUGAUGUGAAGGAUCAAUAUCAUCCAGUGUGGGGUCAGAUGGAGAAUUAUGUUGUUGGACGAGAUAAGCGGAGACAGUUGCUGCUGAUGCUGUGCCAGCAUGAGGCAGACAGACUCGAGGUUUGGGCUCAACCAGUUGGAUCGAAGGAGAACGCUACUAAGCUCAAAAUUAGUUCUGAUAAAUGGAUCGAAUUUGCACGGACUGCCUUUUCUGUUGAUCCCCGUAUUGCUCUAUCACUGGCUGCAAGAUUUCGGGCAAAUGCGUCUCUGAAGAGUGAAAUCACUUUGCUAGUUCAAUCACAUAUAUUGGAGAUCCGCAGCAUUGCUGAAGCGUUGCCUUAUUUUGUCACCCCCAAAGCAGUGGAUGAAAAUUCAACACUCUUGCAACAAUUGCCACACUGGGCAGCUUGUUCAAUUACACAAGCAUUGGAAUUUCUUACUCCAGCUUAUAAAGGUCACCCACGAGUGAUGGCUUAUGUUCUCAGGGUAUUGGAGACAUAUCCACCUGAAAGAGUGACAUUCUUCAUGCCUCAGUUGGUACAAGCACUAAGAUACGACGACGGGAGGUUGGUUGAGGGUUACUUACUUAGAGCAGCACAAAGAAGUGAUAUUUUUGCCCACAUAUUGAUAUGGCAUUUGCAGGGUGAGACUUGUGUUCCUGAGUUGGAGAAAGAUGUCCCAUCUGCCACGACUAGUGCGUUUCAAGCACUACUGCCGGUUGUCAGACAACGAAUUAUUGAUGGUUUCAGUUCUAAAGCACUUGAUAUUUUCCAAAGAGAAUUUGAUUUCUUUGACAAAGUCACAUCCAUAUCUGGUGUUCUAUUUCCACUUCCAAAAGAGGAAAGACGAGCCGGCAUUAGAAGGGAGUUGGAGAAAAUUGAAAUGGACGGAGAUGACCUAUAUCUACCUACUGCUCCUACAAAACUUGUCAGGGGUAUUCAGGUUGAUAGUGGAAUUCCUCUACAAUCAGCAGCAAAAGUUCCUAUAAUGAUCACAUUUAAUGUGGUGGACCGGGAUGGGGAUCCAAAAGAUAUAAAACCUCAAGCUUGUAUAUUCAAGGUUGGAGAUGACUGCAGACAAGACGUUUUAGCUCUGCAAGUUAUUUCACUUUUAAAGGACAUCUUUGAAGCCGUUGGGCUUAAUCUCUAUUUGUUUCCUUAUGGAGUACUGCCAACUGGACCAGAGAGAGGCAUUAUUGAGGUGGUGCCAAAUUCACGAAGCAGGAGUCAGAUGGGUGAGACCACUGAUGGUGGUCUUUAUGAGAUUUUUCAGCAGGACUUUGGGCCUGUUGGGUCCCCAAGCUUCGAAGCUGCUCGUGAAAAUUUCCUCAUUAGCAGUGCUGGAUAUGCAGUUGCUAGCCUCUUGCUUCAACCUAAGGAUAGGCAUAACGGGAAUCUUUUGUUUGACAAUGUAGGCAGGCUCGUCCAUAUUGAUUUUGGUUUUAUUUUGGAAACUUCACCUGGUAAUAAUAUGCGAUUUGAGAGUGCCCACUUCAAACUGAGUCAUGAAAUGACCCAAUUACUCGAUCCAUCUGGGGUAAUGAAAAGCGACACUUGGUACCAAUUCGUACGCUUGUGCGUGAAGGGCUACCUUGCUGCACGCCGCUAUAUGGAUGGGAUAAUAAACACGGUCUUAAUGAUGAUGGACAGUGGGUUGCCUUGCUUCGGCAGAGGGGACCCGAUUGGGAAUCUUCGCAAGAGAUUCCAUCCGGAAAUGAGCGAUCGUGAGGCAGCUAAUUUCAUGAUCCGAAUUUGCAAUGAUGCCUAUAAUAAAUGGACCACCGCAGGUUACGAUCUGAUUCAGUAUUUACAGCAGGGCAUCGAGAAAUGA